UUCAAAUGUCAAAUAAAUGCCGAUUUAUUUUUGUCGCGGAUUUUUAUUAUUAUAAAUGCGGCGCAUUUAUUAAAAUAAUUCGAAAAUGUUGUUAAAUAAACUUCGACUAGUCGGCUUGGCCGUUAAGCGAUCACCAGUGAAUGUAAAUACGAAAUAUUUUUCAUGUACAAGUUCUGUUCGUCACAAAACAGCAUAUGAGGGUGACGGCAAAACCACAGUGCGGGUUAUCAAUAUGGAACAGGAUCUUGGUCUGAUGAUAGACUCCUAUGGAACGUUUGGUUUCCGUUUAAACAAUGGACUUACAGUACUCGGUCCUAUGGCUAUAUUUCCAAGAACAGUGCUCUCUUGGCAAGUCCACAACGCAGAAGAAAUAACAGCAGAGUCUCUCGCGUUCUUUAGAUUGAUUGUCCCGAAGAUUGACCUUGUGGUCUUAGGUCUGGACUCAAAAGAUCGUAAGACAUUAAACACAGUGUUUAGAGCGAGUCGGGAAGCGAAACUCAAUGUUGAGAUAUUGCCGACUGAACACGCGUGCUCAACAUUCAACUUUCUCAACGCUGAGGGCAGAUCAGUAGGCGCCGCGAUGAUUCCACCAAAACAUAUAGAAGUGAACGAAGACGACAUGUUAGUUGCGAAACAGCACUAUGGCAAUUUGUACGAGCGUUCCGACUUUCUGUAGACAUACAUACAAAAAAAUUGUACGCGAUAACAUAAGACACAUGAAAAAUACAUAUUAUAAAUGUGCCUGGAAUACUUUCUGGGUUAAAAUACUGCACCAAUUUGAAUGAAAUUUAUAAUAAAAGUAGCUUAAUAAUUGAAAAAAAUGUUGUGUCUUGUGAUAUCGUUUUUAGAUAAUUAAUAGAUAUGUAAAUAGUAGAUUAUGAUAAU